CUGAACAGAAUGUCCACGGACGACCGGCACCUGGGCUCCAGCUGCGGCUCCUUUAUCAAGACUGAGCCGUCUAGCCCGUCCUCGGGCAUCGAUGCCCUCAGCCACCACAGCCCCAGUGGCUCGUCCGACGCCAGCGGCGGCUUUGGCAUGGCACUGGGCACACAUGCCAACGGCCUGGACUCGCCACCUAUGUUUGCGGGCGCGGGUCUGGGAGGCACCCCGUGUCGCAAGAGCUACGAGGACUGUGCCAGCGGCAUCAUGGAGGACUCGGCCAUCAAGUGCGAGUACAUGCUCAACGCCAUCCCCAAGCGCCUCUGCCUCGUGUGCGGGGACAUUGCCUCUGGCUACCACUACGGCGUGGCCUCCUGCGAGGCCUGCAAGGCCUUCUUCAAGAGGACAAUCCAAGGAAACAUCGAGUACAGCUGCCCAGCCACCAACGAAUGUGAGAUCACGAAACGGAGGCGCAAGUCCUGCCAGGCCUGUCGCUUCAUGAAAUGCCUCAAAGUGGGGAUGCUGAAGGAAGGUGUGCGUCUUGACCGAGUACGCGGAGGCCGCCAGAAAUACAAGCGGCGGCUGGACUCAGAGAGCAGCCCGUAUCUGAGCUUACAGAUUUCUCCACCCGCUAAAAAGCCAUGUGAGUGCCUGGAAAGUGCCUUGACCAAGAUUGUCUCAUACCUGCUGGUGGCAGAGCCAGACAAGCUCUACGCCAUGCCUCCCCCUGGCAUGCCUGAGGGGGAUAUCAAGGCCCUGACCAUCCUCUGUGACCUGGCAGACAGGGAGCUCGUGGUCAUCAUUGGCUGGGCCAAGCACAUCCCAGGCUUCUCAAACCUCUCUCUGGGGGACCAGAUGAGCCUGCUGCAGAGUGCCUGGAUGGAGAUCCUCAUCCUGGGCAUCGUGUACCGCUCGCUGCCCUAUGACGACAAGCUGGUGUACGCCGAGGACUACAUCAUGGACGAGGAGCACUCCCGCCUAGCGGGGCUGCUCGAGCUCUAUCGGGCCAUCCUGCAGCUAGUACGCAGGUACAAGAAGCUCAAGGUGGAGAAGGAAGAGUUUGUGACGCUCAAGGCCCUGGCCCUUGCCAACUCAGAUUCCAUGUACAUCGAGGACCUGGAGGCCGUCCAGAAGCUGCAGGACCUGCUGCACGAGGCGCUGCAGGACUACGAGCUGAGCCAGGGCCACGAGGAGCCGCGGAGGACGGGCAAGCUGCUGCUGACGCUGCCCCUGCUGCGGCAGACGGCAGCCAAGGCCGUGCAGCACUUCUACAGCGUCAAACUGCAGGGCAAGGUGCCCAUGCACAAACUCUUCCUGGAGAUGCUGGAGGCCAAGGUCUGA